GUCUCUGGGACCAGCUUAAAUCUCGGUAUAAGAAACGACAAUGGAGCCAGCCUGAGAACCUGUUAAACAGCCUGUCUCUCUGUGUUAACUGGUGCCCGGGCCGCAGGCCUCCUCCGUGAAUGUCGGUCACCAUGGCAAAGCGGGAAACUGGCAACACCAGUCCAGUGGUUCGGCAGAUAGACAAACAGUUCCUGGUCUGCAGUAUCUGUCUGGAUCAUUACCACAAUCCCAAAGUGCUACCCUGCCUGCACACCUUCUGUGAGAGGUGCUUACAGAACUACAUUCCGCCUCAGUCCUUAACUUUGUCCUGCCCUGUGUGCAGACAGACCUCCAUCCUUCCCGAGAAGGGUGUAGCUGCUUUGCAGAAUAACUUUUUCAUCACCAACCUGAUGGAGGUGCUCCAGAGAGAUCCAGAGUGUUCCCGGCCAGAGGCCUGCAGCGUGCUGGAGUCCGUGAGCGCCGCGGCUGCCGGGAGACCACUCUCCUGCCCCAAUCAUGAGGGCAAGGUGAUGGAGUUUUACUGCGAGUCUUGCGAGACUGCCAUGUGUUUAGAUUGCACAGAAGGAGAGCACAGGGAGCACGUCACUGUCCCUCUACGGGACGUCCUGGAACAGCACAAAGCAGCACUGAAGAACCAGCUGGAUGCAAUUCGAAACAGGUUGCCCCAGCUCACGGCGGCUAUAGAACUGGUGAACGAGAUCUCCCGACAGCUGACGGAGAGGAAGAACGAGGCGGUGAACGAAAUCAACGGGACGUUCGAGGAGCUGGAGCGAGCGCUUCACCAGCGCAAGACUGCGCUUAUCACCGACCUGGAGAACAUCUGCAGCGCCAAACAAAAGGUGCUGCAGGCGCAGCUGUCCUCCCUGCUGCAGGGUAAAGAGCAUAUCCAGAGCAGCUGCAGUUUCACCGAACAGGCCUUGAAUCACGGCAGCGCCACCGAGGUGCUCCUGGUCCAGAAACAGAUGAGCGAGAGGGUCAGCGCCCUGGCGCGUCACGACUUUCCCGAACGCCCGCACGAAAACGCCCACCUGGAGUGCCAGGUGGAGACGGAAGGGCUGCGACGCUCCAUCCAGAACCUGGGGGUCCUGCUCACCACCGGUGCCGUCGGACACACCAGCGUGGCCACUGGAGAGGGUCUCCGUCACGCCCUCGUGGGACAACACACCACCGUAACCGUGACGACCAAGGACAAAGACGGAGAGCUGGUGCGAACCGGCAACGCGGUGCUUCGCGCGGAGAUCGCCAGUGCGGACGGAAGCCGCGCUGCGGACGCAGAUGUUGUGGACAAUAAAAACGGCACGUAUGAAGUGGGAUACACCCUACGCAGCGAGGGAGAGUACUCCUUCUCUCUCAUGCUUUACGGGCAGCCCGUCCGCGGGAGCCCCUUCAGGCUACGGGCGGUCAAACCCUCCGACGUGCCCCAGUCUCCGGACGACGUGAAGAGGAGGGUGAAGUCCCCGAGCGGGAGCGGUCACAUCCGUCAGAAGGCCGUCCGCAGGCCCUCUAGCAUGUACAGCACCACUAAAAAGAAGGAAAACCCCAUAGAAGAUGAACUCAUCUACAGAGUGGGCACACGGGGGAGAGAAAAAGGAGAGUUCACUAACCUACAAGGCAUCUCGGCCUCCACCAAUGGGAGGGUGGUGGUGGCAGACAGUAAUAACCAGUGUAUUCAGGUGUUUACCAACGACGGGCAGUUUAAGAUGAGGUUUGGGGUCAGAGGUCGUUCUCCAGGGCAGCUUCAGAGACCCACCGGUGUGACGGUGGACAUGAACGGAGACAUUAUCGUAGCUGACUACGACAAUCGAUGGAUCAGCAUCUUCUCCUCUGACGGAAAGUUCAAGAACAAGAUAGGAGCUGGCCGUCUAAUGGGCCCCAAGGGCGUGGCAGUGGACCGAAACGGUCACAUCAUCGCGGUGGAUAACAAGGCCUGCUGUGUUUUCAUCUUCCAGUCCAACGGGAAACUCGUGACAAAGUUUGGCGCCAGGGGGACGUCAGAAAGGCAGUUUGCAGAAAAAAGUUGUGCAAACUUUGCACUGGAGCAAAAGCUUAGUAAAUCUGGCCCUGCGUUCAGCCCACACUUUGUUGCCGUUAACAACAAAAAUGAAAUUGUCGUGACAGACUUCCACAACCACUCUGUAAAGGUAUACAGUGCAGAUGGGGAGUUUCUCUUCAAAUUUGGUUCCCAUGGAGAGGGAAACGGCCAGUUUAAUGCUCCUACAGGGGUAGCCGCUGACAGUAAUGGCAACAUCAUUGUAGCAGAUUGGGGCAAUAGCAGGAUACAGGUGUUUGACAGCUCAGGGUCCUUCCUCUCCUACAUCAACACUAGCGCAGAUCCUCUGUACGGACCUCAGGGUCUGGCUCUGACCUCAGAUGGCCACGUGGCAGUGGCAGACUCUGGGAAUCACUGUUUCAAAGUCUACCGUUACCUGCAGUAGUGGUGGCGCCCCCUGUCUCAGCAUGCAGGAAUCGUCAGAGGCUGCCACACAGGCUCCACCCACUUUUCCUUCUGUUUACAUUUGCACGUUCAGAUCAGAUAAGCACUCAACCACAUUGCAGUGGAAGGGAUAAAUUAAUAAGAGCACUUUGUUUCAUUUUCAACCCAUGCUUUGUCCCAAAAAAAGAAAGAAAAGAAAAGAAAAGAAAAGAAAAGAAAAAAGAAAGCAUGGGAUAGUCUCUGGUUGGUGGAUGGUCUGUAAGCACAUCAAUAAGCAAAGAAGUUUUUGUUUUGGUUUGUUUCGUUUUUUUAACGUUGUAGCACAGGUUUUUUGUGUACGUGCAAGUGGUGUAUUUAAUAUUGUUGGGACAAGAAAAACAAAUAUUAGUUAGUGGUGAUCCAUUGUCUUAAAGCUUUCGGAGAAAAGUCAGCAGAUUGUGAGGCUGUUACGAACAUACAAGUGUAGUCCUUGAACCAAACUUAAUCUCCCAUAUCACCUUUGCUCUCUUAGACUGAAGAAUGAGUUUGACAGUCCUUUGACUGCAACACCCCUGGUGUGUUUGUGUAUUUGUAUCUAUAUUCAUAGACAUAUAUUUGUACAUACGCGUACAUGUCUGUAUAUAUGAAUAUAAGUGUAACCUAUACAUGCAUAUCAUUUACCUCUUAUUUACAUAUUUCACACAUUAUGAAGACAUGGCACGUGGGGCCGCCCCCUGCCAUGAUGAGUAGAUACAGUCCUCUGGACAGAGAUCUCUAGGAUCUCUACAUGUGGUGAGGGAUUUCUCAAUCAGAGAGAAAUUAAGCCAGAAGUCAGAACUGUCCAAUGUGACAGCUAAAGAAACAUUCCUAUGAGAUAGUUUGGAUUUUUGAGUUAAGGUUAUUCAGCUAAUUGAAAGAUCCUACUUGGCAGAAGAUCCCUGGGAUGCAGUACUUAUAUCUACUACAAAACAGUAAUAGCACAAAGUUACGCACUUUUUUUUUCUUUUCCGUCUCAUUUCAUUUUUGUUUUUCCUGUAUGCUCUUUUUAAUAGAUCAGAAAGGAGCCAAAAAAUACUUAGAAUUUUGUUCUUUUUUUUUUUUCAAACAUUUUAUCUUUCAGAUUUUAUUUUUCUAAUGUGUCAGGCUACUCGUUGUUGAAGUUCUCCUAUUGCAAACAGAUACAGACUGUGGCAGGAAAGAGAAAUAUCAUGGUAACUUUGUCAUGGUGCCAACAUAUUGCCAUAGUUUGGUUUUUACUCUUGAAGAGGAUUACUUAAAAACAACAACAACAACAAAAAAAAGCCUCCCUGUAAAUAUUCAUACAUGAACCUAAGUGUGUAAUUGUGUUAUCAAUUAUUAUUAUCAAUUGUGGCACUGACAAGAAAGCAUUAUUUGCCAGCAUCUUUUUUGUUUUUAAUUUAUUUACUGUUUGGUACACUGUUUUAUCGGAGUUAUUUUGUUUCAGGUUUAUGAAGUGCCCUGCACACAGACACAAACCAUCAUCACCAGCUCUUGGCCUGAGAUUGUAAAAACAACUUAUUUAUCUAUAAUUCAUUGUGAAUAUUUUUCCCCCUUUGUCAAUAAUUUGAAGGUAAUAUCAGAUAUUUGUACAAAGCUUACUAGCAGCCAAAAAAAGUUUUAGGGCAGUUGAUAACUAGAAGAAAUGUAUGUUUUGUUUUGUUUUGUUUUUUUCUGUGUAAAGGAAUUUUCUGUUCCGCAUGACAAAGAGAUUUAACCAGCAAAUUUGAAUUUGAUCACCGCAAUAGUUAAAUAAGUGUAACAUUAACAUCUUGGCCAGUGAGUGGAUAUUUAUCUGUUUGUAUUACAUGCAGAGUGUCAAUGGAUACUGAUCAUUUGUCAUAUGUUUCCUCUGACCUUUGACCCUCUGUGUUAUCCGUCACUCACUCUUUUUGAUGCAUGAGAUGGUUAUGCGUGGGCCGAAAAAACAAUUUAUUAAAUAAACAUAUUACACAGAUAUAAGCUGUUUAGUAAUGAAAAGAUCUUGUAUAAUACAGGAAGAAUCAUACGUGUG